GUGGGUCAGUUAGUUAUUAUUCAUGAGCUGGGCGUGUGCGAGGCCCGGGGUAGCUUUGUCCAGUUGCGGGUGGUGUCGUCGGCGAGUUGUGCGAUAGUUGCAAAGAUGUCGUAUAUUCCGGGACAGCCGGUCACCGCCGUUGUGCAAAGAGUUGAAAUCCACAAGCUGCGUCACAGAGACAACCUGAUCCUAGGGUUCAGUAUCGGAGGUGGCAUCGAUCAAGACUCCAGCCAGAACCCCUUUUCGGAGGACAAGACAGAUAAGGGCAUCUAUGUCACACGAGUGACUGAGGGAGGACCUGCAGAGGUGGCUGGACUUCAGAUGGGAGACAAAAUCAUGCAGGUGAAUGGGUGGGACAUGACCAUGGUCACACAUGAUCAAGCCAGAAAACGUCUCACUAAGAAAAAUGAGGAAGUAGUCCGACUUCUAGUGACCAGGAAAUCCCUCCAGGAGGUCGUCAGGCAGUCUAUGAGGCAGUAAAAAUCGCACUGCUGCCCAGAUCUCGUCAUCUUCUAGUACACAGGUUGAACUAAAGGCCAUCUUCCGUGCAUGUGUUGUGGCUGGUCUCCAUAUCUCAGUAAUUGGGACAUAGUCAGCCGCAGCACGUGCAUUUAGCACACACCACCAUUUCCAAUAUAUGUCACUUUAUAUUGCUAGCAGGGGUGUCCUAUAAUCGCCAUUACUAUAUAGGGUACUCUUAGGUUUAUAAAGAACAUGCGUUCUCCAGUGAGAAGCGAGAACUGGACCCUAGAUGCUGGUCCACACUUGGUCUCACUUUAGCGACAUGUUCCAAUUGAAAAUGCUUUUAGAUAUAAGCUAUUGACUUUAUUUUACGCCACUUUAUACUCACAUCGGGGUGGUGCAUUUCCCUUUAAUAAGAUUCUGCGCAGUAAAAUGCUUCCCCUAUGAGAACUGAUAUUUUACAUUGGCUGACGACAAAGAACAGUAGCUUGCACUUUUAUUAAGCACAUUCCAUUGUGUUCACAUCCCUUCAUACUGUCAUGUGUUUUAUAGGGGAUCUGAAAUGUCUGUUGUAGUAAAUACUGGAAAUAACAAUUCUGAGGCACCUUUUCUUUGAACUCUGCAUUGUGCUCUUCCUCUGUUUUUCCUCCUGGAAAUGUAUGACUAAAAUGGCAACUGAGUGUUCUCCUUGUCAAAGGUGUGUUUCUCUACUCAGUUUGGCACUGUCCCUUUAAAGGAGUUAUCCAAGGCUAUAACAGACCUCCCAGAGUGGCCGACCCGCGGUGGUGAUCAUGCUUACCUGGUCCCUUACGUCACCUGUGACGGAGGGAGAACAGGUCAUCGCUGCGGCUGGCGAUUUGGCUGCAGCGGUCGUGUGCCCCCCGUCAACUGGAUGUUGAUUUCAGUGCAGCCAGGAGAUGAAAAGCCAGCGGUGGAGCGAUGGAGACUGAACCCAGCGGCAGCAACCAGGUAAGUAUGAUCACCACCGCAGGGCGGACACUCUGGGAGGUCUUUAUUAGUAGUCUUGGAUAGCUCUUUUAAGUACUGACUUUGGAGAGAUACUCUAUUGACAACGGGAAUGGUAGCCAGUUGUCAGGAUACAUUUCCAGGAGGAAUAACCGAGGAACAGCCCAACGCAUGGUUCAAGGAAAAGGUGCGCUUACAUUGUAAUUUCAUGGGGCAUGCGAGUAUUUACUAAAAUGGAACUGACAGGUCGUUAAAAUGGUUUCCCACCUUUCAGAGAUUGAUGACCCCCACUGAUCAGCUGUUGGCGGCAGCCACCGGAAGCAGAAAGCUCAGUCCAGCGCGCAGUGGCUGUGCUGGCGAGCCGAGCUGCAGGACGCCGGUGACUGCUGAAAAUAGCUGAUUGUGGGGGUGCAGUGUGUUAGACCUCCACCGAUCCGGAGCAUAGGUCAUCUGUAUCUAAACGGGUGGAAAAACCCUUUAAACCUUCUUUUACUAAUUCUGACACCAUAAGGUGGUUUGGGGAAAAAAACACCACUAUAGUUCUUUUUGACCCAAAGCCAGAAAUGGAUCCAGCAAGAAGAAAUACGUCUAUAGUUUCCAUUUAACCUCCCACUAUCCAUCUUGCUUAUUAUUUUAUUAACUGGAGGAUACAAGAUGGACCUGGACAGCAAUGGCAGGGACGGUUGUUGCUUCUGCUAAAUGUUAACCAGUAUUCCCAGCAUGUACAUUAUCACCGGGACUGUCUACAGCGAUACAUGAACCAAAGACUAACACCAAUCCUAUUGUGCCGAUUGUAGGUCACGGCUCUGCCGGCUGGUCCACAUUUGAUGUAGAUUUUAAGAUUUGCAGUAUGUGUCUAAUUUCAGGAACUGUUUGGGGCUCCUCAAUAAAGGGGGAUCUUUUUUUAUUAAUCUGUCUCGGGAUUCGCACGGCCAUAUUUGAGAUCUGUUUAAUUAGAAUUUUUUUUUUCCAAAAGGAAGUGG